AUGUGUAGUCUUUCUAGCAUUUCUUCAAAUAUUAGGCAGGCACGAGAGCUUAGCCUUUUGGGUAAUUAUGAAAGUGCCCUUACCUUUUACUCUUGUGGCUUGGCCCUUAUCAAGAAGCAUUUAACCACUAUCAAGGAAUAUGGAAGGAAACAGCAGUGGCUUCAAGUGCAACAGGAGGUGAUGCAGGAGUCUGAACUUGUGUCAGAUAUUUGUAAAACCCUUGCUAGUUUUACACUGGAAGAUAAAACAAACAGUGGCCAUCUUUCCCACGACCCCUCAGAGGAGCCAACACGGGAUCCUGGUGUGUGGCCGCCGCCACCGCCGUUACCGCCUCCGUUCGGGGACCAACGGCGAUUGCAACCGUCUGGUGGGUUCGCAUCGGUUCCCGCAACCCGACCUCCUGCCAAUCGAAGACUGCCCAAGGAGGGCCCCCGAAAUUCCGGUGCUCAAAUCAUCAACAGAGGACCCUCUAAAGCCGGAUCCGCUAAACGUGGUGGGCGCGCUUUAAGCGCUGCCAAGGGAAGCGGUCUGAACACGUCUUCUGCCGCUGCCUCAGGGGAGGUAGGUGGCGAAAGAACCUACGACGCCUCCGGUGCAGAUAAAGAUCUCGUUGAGAUGCUCGAAAAGGACAUUCUUCAGAGAAACCCAGCUGUGCGCUGGGAUGACAUCGCGGAGCUGGAAGAUGCAAAACGCCUUCUCAAAGAGGCUGUUGUUCUUCCUAUGGUGUUGCCUAAUUACUUUAAAGGAAUCAGGCGACCUUGGAAGGGUGUCUUGAUGGUCGGGCCGCCUGGCACAGGUAAGACGCUGCUGGCAAAGGCUGUGGCAACGGAAUGCGGCACGACCUUCUUCAACGUCUCCAGCUCGAGCCUGGCCAGUAAGUGGCGCGGCGAGUCGGAGAAGCUUGUCCGCAUCCUCUUCGACAUGGCUCGGUUUUACGCCCCGAGCACCAUUUUCAUCGAUGAAAUCGACUCGCUCUGUUCGAGACGCGGCGGCGAGUCUGAGCACGAGGCUUCCAGGCGGGUCAAGUCCGAACUCCUCGUUCAAAUGGAUGGCGUCAGUGGAGCAGUCGGUCAGGAGGAAGACCCAACAAAAACGGUUAUGGUUCUUGCCGCCACAAACUUUCCCUGGGACAUCGACGAGGCACUGCGACGCCGACUGGAGAAGCGCAUUUACAUCCCCCUGCCCAGCGUUACUGGACGCCUGGCGUUGCUGCAAAUCAACCUCCGUGAAGUGCCCCUGGACGACGACGUGAAUUUCGAGGAAAUCGCCGAGAAGUUGGACGGUUAUUCCGGCGCUGACAUCACCAACGUGUGCAGGGACGCCUCGAUGAUGUCGAUGCGAAGGGCCAUCGAAGGCCUCUCCGUGGAGGAGAUCAAGGGCCUCAGGACCGCGGACCUCAAUCUGCCAACGCGGAUGCGCGACUUCGAGGAGGCCAUCUCCCGCGUCUCCAAGUCCGUCUCGGCCGCAGACAUUGAAAAGUACGAGAAGUGGAUGCAAGAGUACGGCGCCUCGUAG